GGCGCGCCCCGGGCAUGGCGGCGGCGGAGCCCGGGAUGAAGCAGUUCAAUGGCGGCGGCGGCGCCGCGCCGGACGCGGAGCGCGGCCGCUUCCCGCACUGCGUGGUGUGGACCCCGAUCCCCGUGCUGACGUGGCUGUUCCCCAUCAUUGGCCACAUGGGCAUCUGCACCUCGGCCGGCGUCAUCCGCGACUUCGCGGGGCCCUACUUCGUGUCUGAAGACAACAUGGCGUUUGGGAAACCUGUGAAGUACUGGAAGCUGGAUCCCAGCAAGGUUUAUGCCACUGGUCCCAACGCGUGGGACACGGCCGUGCACGACGCCUCCGAGGAGUACAAGCACCGCAUGCACAACCUCUGCUGUGACAACUGCCAUUCCCACGUGGCCCUGGCCUUAAACUUGAUGAGAUACGAUAACAGCACCUCCUGGAACAUGGUGAAACUGUGCUUCUUCACACUCCUCUAUGGGAAAUACGUCAGCAUAGGGGGGUUUGUGAAGACCUGGCUGCCCUUUGUGCUGUUCCUGGGGGUGAUUGUGACCGUGGUUCUCACCCUGCACCUGCGGUGAUGGCAGCCCUGACCCCCCGUUCCUGAGCACACAAAGGAAGAAACUGUGACUGAUCCAGCAGGAUGGAGGCCUGGGGCUCUGGGAGCCUUUUCCAGGGAAGGUGGCAGCCCCACUCCAUCGUGACAGCUCAUCUUCGUCUCCUGGAGCUGGCUUCUUUUCCUCCUGUUUCUGUUCUCUCGAUGGUGUCUCCCCGUGUCAGGGGUCUGGAAGCUUCUGCCCUCUCCCUCUCUGCAGCUGGGGAGGUGGGAGUGGGACCAGGGAAGGAGAGGGGUGGGCACCUUGCUUUCAGUGCCAAGAAAAGCCUCAGGGCAGGCUCUGCCUCCUGCAGAUGCACCCUGGGAGGGUCUCUCUGAUCCCCUGCUUUCCUCCCCCUCCUCACCAGAUGCUUCCUCAGUUCCUGGGUCUGCAGUUGGGAGUUGCUGUUUUCCCUGUGGCACAGCUCUGCAGCAGCGCACAUUCCAGAGGGGAGGUGUGGGGUGCCCAGCACUCAGGGAUGGCCCCAGCAGUGAGGUGAGGUGGGGCCCUGCUGAGGGAUGCCCCAUGGCAGGGCAGCUCCCCUGGCCCUGCUGGUGAGCCUGGACAGGCAGGAGAGCUGAAGGGCUGCCUGGGAACAGCUCGUGGCAGGGUGCACCCCUCAGGAGCCUGCUGCAGCUUGGGGAGGCAGCCCUUGGUCCCUUUCAGCUUGUGCCAGAGAAAACAUCACUCCCCUGCUUCUCCUUGGGCUCUCUGCUGCUGAAUCUGGCGCUGCAAUCCUCACAAGCACUCGUUUCCCUUUGAUCCCCGAGCUCCCAGCAGGCAGCAGCUGGGGCAGGGAGCUGAGCCUGGGGCUGGAGGAGCUCUGUGGGAGCAGCACCUGAGCCUGGAGCUGCCUGGCUGGGCAGCAGCAAACUGGGGCAGAGGCUUCUCCUGGCUGGUGGCUGGGGAAUGGUUCAGGGAGCUUUGGGGAGCACAGCUGGGCACGGGGGCUGUGCAGGGAUUGGUGUGGGGAGCACAGCUUGGACAGGAUGGGCUAUGGGGGGCUGUCCCUGAGUGCCAGGCAGGAAGGGAGUUUGGAUGUGCCCUGGAACCCCUUGUGCAGCUGGGUCUGCUCUGCAGGUGCUGGUUUUGGAGGGCUCUGAGCCAGGGCAGUUUUAAGGCCAGCCUGUCAUGUGCAGCUGAGCAGGUCCCUGCUGGCUGCAGAGGGGCAGAAAGCUUUUCCCUCACACCUUUACCCCAGUACCUGAGGGUUCCAAGGAAUGCAUUUCAGGGAGUGCUUGUGGCCAGCAGGAAAGCUUUCCUGGGGUCCCUGCCGUGGCUGCAGCUUCCUCUGGCUGCAGAGCCCACUCACUCACUGUCAGCCCGCUGGUUCUCAGACCCCUCCCCAUGUGCCAUUCCCCGACUCCUCCAGCCUUGUGGGAGGGUUGGAGCCUCCUCAAGCUCGUUUCUGUGCUUUUCCCUUUUCCUCGGUCACUUUUAAACCACCCCUCACACCUCCUGCUCAUUACUGUCCCUCUGUCACCCCGUCGUGGCCUUGCCCCCCAGCCUGGAGCUGCUCUGUGCAGUCCCUCCCUUCCCCUCCGUGCUCGGAGCAGGGAUGGAGGCGCUGGGGCACUGAAAUCCCGAUCAGAGAGAAUGGGGAUGAAAGCACGGAGCGCUCAGGGAGCGCUGCCCAGGGCUGGGAGAGGGCAGAGCUUUCCCUUGUGCUGAUUUCAGAGCGAUUCCUUGGAGUGCCGGCCCCGGGGCCGGAGCCACCCUCAGCAAUAACCCCGAGCCCUCCCGUCCGUGUUUUAUCCACGAGCUCUGCGAGAAUUGCCAAAGCUGAGACUUGGGGGUGUCGGGGGGCCCCUGGAGUUCCAAAACCCCACUGUGAAAUUCCCUCUCGUUUGCUCCCGACGCUUUUUACCAGAGCGGAGUUUGGAAUGGCGAGGGCGAGCCCCCAUCCCUCAUCCUUUGUUCCCUUCAUCUCUGCGGGGCGCUGGAUUUCUUUGUAAAUAUUUAAACUCUGCUUCUGUGGUUUCAUAAUCCCGACGGCAGGGAAAUAAACUGAUUUCUGUGGA